GUUAACCUUCCAAUAGCCACGCGCCACACGCGCACAUGUCUCCCUUCUAACAAGCAAAGCAAAAUCACAAAAGAUUCCUACACAUUCAAACAUACAUUUCUAUAAAUAUAAAUCAUAUAAAUAUCUCCUCAAGCUUUUGAGAUAUAUAGAGAGACAGACACUAACAAAGAAAGAAGAAUGUUCUUUUUCUUGAAAUCUUUGUCAAGAUCGGUUCAUGAUGAUAUUGAAGAACACCACCAUCAAGAACAAGAUCAGACGUCCAAGAUCGUUACUGAUGGGACAUGUACGUCAUUAACAGUGUGGAGAAAAUCACUUUUAGUUAAUUGCAAUGGAUUUACAGUUAUUAAUUCUAAUGGAGAUUUAGUUUAUCGUGUCGAUAAUUAUAUUGUUCGUCCUCACGAGCUUGUUCUUAUGGAUGCCUCAGGAAAAUCUAUUCUCACAAUGCAUCGUAAGAAGAAGCUUGGAUUGGGAGAUAGUUGGCUUGUCUAUGAAGGAGAAGUGGGUAAAUGUUGUUCAACAACAAGAAUAUCAAAGAAGCCAAUUUGGAGUGUAAAGAAGCACAGUAACAUUCUACAAGCAAGUAAGAACAAUAAUAAUAAUAAUGUGCUUGCAUAUGUAUUUAGAGGAACUGCAGAGAAAAGAUAUUCAUAUGUAAUUGAAGGUUCUUAUACACAGAGAUCAUGUAAAGUGGUAGAUGAAUCAAGAACUACGGUGGCAGAGAUCAAACGGAAAGAAGCAAUAGUUCGAGGAGUUUCUUUUGGAGUAGAGGUUUUUGUUUUGGUUGUACAUGGAGGGUUUGAUCCUGGAUUUGCUAUGGCUCUGGUUUUGUUGUUAGAUCAAAUGUUUUCCUAGAUUUUUUUUUUUUUUUAAUUAAGUUAUAUGUACAGUUCUUCUUUUUCUUUAAUUCUUUUUUUCAGAUUAAGUAGAAACUGUAUGUUUGUUAUGUUUUAGAGAUAAAGAGGGGAAUUAGUUAGAAAAAAUAAAAAAAGAAAUGAGGAAAUGCUUGUUUGAUAGAAAAAAGAAAAAAGAAAAGGAGAAGAAUGCAUCGAGUUGUCAGUUAAAGAAAGCAUUCAGUUGUUCUAAAUUCCAGGAAUUUAAUUUUUGUUGGUCAAAAAGGAAAAGUUGAAAAACAAAGGAACAAUGUAACUUUUCAAAGCUGCAAUAGUUAGGCCCUUUUGAUA